AUGAUCAAGCCGUGUUCCCUAUUACUUCGCUCGUGCCCCGCAAAAGCCGUCCAUAAAAAGCGAAUGGUCCCAUUGGCCAUCCGAGUCCCCGGGUUAUCGCAACCCGUGCCGGAAUCGAUUUUCACAUCGCUUCGAUGGCGGCCCCCCAUAUCCUCGACGUCGACUUUGCUCGCUCGCAGUUUCCAGCACUCAAAGCUGGCUUCAUCUUCGCCGACAACGCCGGGCGGCAGCCAAGUUACCCAGUCCGCCAUCGAUCUCAUCGUCGACUAUCUCACCAACACCAAUGCCCAACUGGGAGCCGACUACAGCGUCUCGGCUGUGAGCACGGCGCGGGUGGAGAGCGCGGCAGAGGAAGCGAGGAAGCUGUUCAAUGCCGAGAGCAACAGCGAAAUUGCCUUUGGACCCAGCUCGACAAGCAAUCUGGAGAAUCUGGCCAGAGGACUGGAGCCUGAUAUCCAGCCUGGAGACGAGUUUAUCGUCACUGGGGAGCACGAAGCUAAUUGCGGCCCCUGGAAGAAACUUGCAGCACGACGUGGAGCCGUGGUCAAAUACUGGCAUUCCACGCCAACCCACCCCAAUAAUCCCUAUUCAUUCUCCCUCAAAGUGGAAGACUUGUUGCCCUUGAUCACCGCCAAAACACGGAUCGUGGCAUUUACUGCGACCUCGAAUUUGCUUGGAUCGGUUGUGCCAGUCCAAGAGAUUACCAGGGCCCUCAGAGCAGAUGCCGCUGCGAAAGGCGCGAAGAAAGUAGAGGUUUCAAUUGACUGUGUUGCUUACGCACCACAUCGCCGGAUGGACGUGAAAGCUUGGGAUAUUGACUUCUGUGUCUUUUCGUUUUACAAACUCUACGCGCCGCACAUUUCUGCCCUCUACAUCCGAAGCUCGGCCCUCGCUUCCUCCGUCACGUCCAUUGUUCACCACUUCAUUGCCCCUGUCGUUCCUUAUCUGCUUUCACUCACUCCCGCCAACGAUCUCGACGCCACUUUUGCGGCUAUUGCGGCACACGAAACUCAACUGGCGACAAAACUUCUUACCUUCCUUACCGCGCCAGAACAGGUGAAACGCGGUGUCUUCGUGGUCGGUAUUGAGGAGCCUAGCGUCAACAGACUUCCAACUGUCUCGUUUGUCGUCGCUGGUGAUAGACCGCUCAACAGUCGAGAUGUUGUUCGAGUUUUCGAUGAACACGGCGGGAUUGGCAUCCGUUAUGGUCAUUUCUAUGCAUAUGACCUCGCGACACGCCUCCCCCCUCCUGUUGACAAAGAAAAUGGUGUUGUGCGGAUCUCUUUGGUCCAUUAUAACACGUUGGAGGAGGUGGACACGAUUCUUGGGGUGCUGAAGGGUGUUCUUGCGUGA